GGCAUGAAGACAGUCCUGCUGCUCCUUGUGGCCCUGGCCGUGGCCACGGCGCCAGCUCGGGCCCUGCGCUGCCACGUGUGUUCCAGCACCACCAACUGCAAGCAACCCCAGCCCUGCUCCAGCAGUGCCCGCUACUGUAGAACCAUGACCAGAGUGGAGCCGCUGUCGGGGAACCUGGUGACCAAGGACUGCGUGGAGUCCUGCACCCCCUCACACACCAUGCAGGGCCAGGUCAGCAGCGGCACCACGGCCACCUACUGCUGCCAGGGCGACCUGUGCAACGAGAGGCUGAACAGCGCCGCGCCCGGCCGCGCCUCGCACAGCAGCGCCCUCCUCGGCCCUGCGCUGGCCCUCGGCCUCCUCGCCCUGCUCUGGGCCCCCAACCUGUGA